CCGUAUAGCCGUAUAGCCGUAUAGCCUAAUAUAGUUUGACUCUACAUAACGAUACAAAAUAUAUUAAAAGUGAUAGUUUAAAAUUUUGAAUAAACUGCAAAAAAAUGGGCUUAUCCAAUGUUUCAAGUGGUUAUAUGCCACAGAAUACUGGAGGUCAUGUUGUUGUUAUGGGAAGUCCAAAUGAUAAAAUAUCGAGCAAGAAAAAAAUUCAUUUGCUGCAAAAGAUUAAAAAACGCUUCGGCUUUGUUCGUCGAUCUCCUUUAUCAUGUGUUGGACCGCCAUUACAAUUUCACACUGUACAUGGCGAUAAUAUAAGACUUUCACGGGAUCGGACUUUGGCUCGACGAUUCCAUAGCUUUUGCCGUGCAAUAACAUUUUCAUCGCGUCCUGUGCAUAUAAAUGAACGCAUUUAUAUUAAAUUUUCUGAAAUUUCAAAUAAUUGGAGCGGUGGCCUACGUUUUGGUUUCACAAAUAAUGAUCCAGUGACAUUAAAUAAUGCUCUACCAAGAUUUGCUAUGCCUGAUUUAACUAUUCAACCUGGUUUUUGGGCCAAAACUUUAGACGAACAAUAUUGUGAAAAAGACAACAUACUUUAUUAUUAUGUAAAUUCAUCUGGUGAUGUUAUCUAUGGAAUUAACAAUGUAGAAAUUGGUGUUAUAUUAACAGGCAUAGAUACACAUGGACCAUUAUGGGUUUUAAUUGAUUUAUAUGGUAACUGUACGGCAAUAGAACUAUUGGAUACAGUAAUUCUUAUGCACCCCCGAGGUGGAGUUACUAAUAACUUAAAUGCUACAAAUGCUGCCGGUUUAACUAACACACUGCCUGGCUCACAAAUCAGUCUGAACUCACAUCAUCCGAUCCAGCAAUCAAGACGUUCACUGCCUGCAAACGAGCAAGAUUUAGAUCGCCAUGUUAUGAACUCAAUGCAAUCAUUAAAUAUUGGAAAUGAUCAUACAGCAUUUGUGAAUGAUUUAGCGAGUGGCGUACCGCCAUUGCGUUACAAUGCUACCGGUCGAUUAAUACCAGUACCUUUUCACAUAACCAAAGGACGAAAUGUACGUCUUUCACAUGACCGCUUUAUAGCGUCCCGUACCGAAAAAGAUUUUUGUCAGGGUUACGUAUUUACUGCUCGUCCAAUACGCAUUGGCGAAAAAAUAAUCGUACAAAUUCUUAAAACAGAGCAAAUAUAUGCAGGUGCUUUGGCGCUUGGAUUAACCUCUUGCAAUCCAGGUACUUUACAAGCUGGCGAUUUGCCAAAUGACUCAGAUUUUUUGCUUGAUCGUCCAGAGUAUUGGGUAGUCAGUAAAGAUAUAGCUUCAAUACCACAAUGCGGUGAUGAAAUUUCAUUUUUUGUGUCACCAAAUGGUGAGGUAACAAUAAGUAAAAACAAUGGACCUGGUGUAGUUGUUAUGCAUGUAGAUCAAUCACUCCAAUUAUGGGCCUUUCUUGAUAUUUAUGGUUCAACACAAUCUGUACGGAUGUUUCGCCAACAAUUGCCUAGUAUGAUCGCCUAUCCUCAAAUGUCGCCUGCAACCUCUUCAACACGUUUCAUACCUGCAUCAGAAUCAUUGAAUAGCCUUAAUAACCAAACAACUGAUGCACGUAAACUAUUGCAUCCGUCACAAUUAAACGUUACACAUAGUACAAUAAGCACUUCUUCUUCAACUCUAGCCUCUAUGCAAUCGAAUAAUGUAGGUAUUGGUAGUGCUUCAACAAGUUGCACGCCAAAUAAUAUUAAUGGAGCAAAUAGUUUAACCGCUACUGCCACUACGACUGGUCACACGAUUAGUGUUCCUUUAAGUGGUGAUAUGAUACAAAUACAACCAAAUAAUAGAGGAACUGUUCUUGUUGUUAACUUGCCACCAACAACGUCACAAGACCUCAAUGGAACAACAUUUUUUGCUAGUCAAUCUCGUCUUAAUCAACCAGCAACAAGUGGUGUAUUGGCGGGCGCCUGUUCUAGCAAUACUAUUGUGUCAAAUGCAAGUAGUCAGUAUAUUGAGCCUAUUAACAAUGUGAACAACGGUUAUGUGAACCAUUUGAAGGAUACUGUCGAUCACAGCAACUCAGACUCGGAAUGUACAAUUUGCUAUGAAAAUCAAAUAGAUUCAGUGCUUUACAUGUGCGGUCAUAUGUGUAUGUGCUAUGAUUGUGCAAUUGAACAAUGGCGCGGUGCAGGUGGUGGUCAAUGUCCACUUUGUCGGGCUGUUAUACGUGAUGUUAUACGUACUUAUACAACAUAGGAAGGGUUUAUGUUUUAACAGAUGAAACUCUAAAAUGAAUUACAAAUUUUCUUUUCCUAAAUAUUGAUAAAACGGAAACUAACUCGCAAUGAAAAAACUAAUUCUAUAAUAGUUAAAAAAACUUUAGUUAUAUAAAUUAAGCUAUAAAAAUGAUUGUCCAUUUCAGUAGAGUAAGAAAGCAAGUCAUUUAUGACAAAAGUAAUAUAUUAUUAAAUUUUAGUCUUAAAUAAGAAACGUAUCAAAAUGAAUGCUUUAGAACAAUUAAAAU